GUCGGUACCUGUCACUUCCGGAGCAGCAUGGCGGCCACGGAGGACGACAGGCUUUCGGGGAGCGGGGAAGGAGAGCGGCUGGAUUUCCUGCGGGACCGGCACGUGAGGUUCUUCCAGCGCUGCCUGCAGGUCUUGCCGGAACGGUAUUCUUCGCUGGAGACCAGCAGGUUGACCAUUGCGUUUUUUGCACUCUCCGGGCUGGAUAUGCUGGACUCCUUGGAUGUGGUGAACAAAGAUGAUAUAAUAGAGUGGAUUUAUUCCUUGCAGGUCCUUCCCACAGAAGACAGGUCAAAUCUAAGUCGCUGCGGUUUCCGAGGUUCUUCAUACCUGGGCAUUCCAUUCAAUCCAUCAAAGAAUCCGGGAACAGCUCAUCCUUACGACAGUGGACACAUAGCGAUGACCUACACUGGUCUUUCCUGUUUAAUUAUCCUUGGAGAUGACUUAAGCCGAGUUGAUAAAGAAGCUUGCUUAGCAGGCUUGAGAGCCCUUCAGCUGGAAGACGGGAGCUUUUGUGCUGUUCCUGAAGGCAGUGAGAAUGACAUGAGGUUUGUGUACUGUGCUUCCUGUAUUUGCUAUAUGCUCAACAACUGGUCAGGCAUGGACGUGAAGAAAGCCAUCAGCUACAUUAGAAGAAGCAUGUCCUAUGACAAUGGGCUGGCACAGGGAGCUGGACUUGAAUCUCACGGAGGCUCCACCUUUUGUGGCAUUGCAUCACUGUGCCUGAUGGGUAAACUAGAAGAAGUUUUUUCAGAAAAAGAACUGAACAGGAUAAAGAGGUGGUGUAUAAUGAGGCAGCAGAAUGGCUACCAUGGAAGACCAAAUAAGCCUGUCGACACCUGCUACUCCUUCUGGGUGGGAGCAACUCUAAAGCUUCUGAAAAUUUUCCAGUACACUAACUUUGAGAAGAAUAGGAACUAUAUCUUAUCAACCCAAGAUCGCCUUGUGGGAGGAUUUGCUAAAUGGCCAGACAGUCAUCCAGAUGCUUUGCAUGCAUACUUUGGGAUCUGUGGCCUGUCACUAAUGGAGGAGAGUGGUAUCUGUAAAGUUCAUCCUGCCCUGAAUGUAAGCACACGGACUUCUGAGCGCCUCCAAGAUCUCCAUCAGAGCUGGAAGACCAAGGACUCUAACCAGUGCUCAGACAGUGUCCACAUUUCCACUUGACUGACCCUGGGGUGACGGGUUUGUAGCAUAAGUGUAGCUCAAGGUUAAAAGCCAUGUGUAACCAAUGUGCUCUUCUUUAAGGCGUAGUCUUAAAGUCAAGGCUUGUGCUGCUGACACUUGAGGAUGUGCUCUUGAGCCAGUAACCACUGUACUGGACUAAAAGAAAGUCCUUGUUGAAGGUUGGAUCUCAGCAGGGUUCUGUUGUGGAUCUUAAAUGUUUAUGCCGUGUUUCUGAAACGUCUCAUGGAUAGAUUGACUAUAUGUAUGUAGGCUAUCUUCUUAAAACCCUUUAGUACAAGUUCUGACUUGCAAAGUGGACACAAAUCUUCAAAACAAGCGUACACUUCAUAGGGCAUUGGUAAUCUUCAGGGGAGUGUAGUGGUCACUUCGCAUUUCUACUGCUGAUGGUAAGAAAUUUGCUUAUUGAAUUAAGUAUCUGGGAUUAUUCUUUAAAAACUGAUGGUCUCAUAAUGUUCUUAAAGAAUGACAUUUUGUGUUAUUCUUAAGGUGUGCCAACUAUCCUUGUGUAACCUUUACAGAUGAAUGUUUAUUUAAGAAAAAAAAAAACAGGCUUAACUAAUACUAUCGUUUUCUAAAGGGAGAGUAUUACAUAACUGGGGGAAAAGUAAUUGUCUUGUAUAAUUAUGAGAAGUUCUGUUAUGUGGCUUUAUUAGAGGUUCCUUGGGUAAGUACCUGUUGUAUUUUGUUUUAAUCCCAAAUCAUUGGCUGCCAUUUGUCAGGGUGAGGGGGGAAAUAAUCUUUGCUAUCUAGAAAAAAGACAUUCAGUACAGAAUGAGAAACA